AGCACUUCCGGCGUUGGGGCCCGAUGUGCCCCGGAAGCGCUUGCUAGGUGCGGGCUGCAGCUCAAAGAUGGCGGCGGAGGAGCCUCUGCAGAAGCCGGAGCCGCUGGGGGGGGACACGGAUGGAGUUAACUGUUUGGCAUACGAUGAAGCCAUCAUGGCUCAGCAGGAUCGCAUCCAGCAGGAGAUCGCCGUCCAGAACCCCCUGGUGUCGGACAGACUGGAGCUGUCAGUUCUGUACAAGGAGUACGCGGAGGAUGAUCACAUCUAUCAACAAAAGAUCAAGGACCUGCUCAAAAAAUACUCAUACACGAAGACGCGGCCCGACGGCAACUGUUUCUACCGGGCGUUUGGCUUCUCGCAUCUGGAGGCCCUACUGGAGGACAGCAAGGAACUGCAACGGUUCAAGGAGAUCUCUGCCAAAAGCAAGGAGGACCUGGUGUCCCAGGGCUUCACAGAGUUCACGAUUGAGGAUUUCCAUAACACGUUCAUGGACCUGAUAGAGCAAGUGGAAAAGCAGAUCACGGUUUCCGAACUCCUGUCCUCCUUCAACGAUCAGAGCACCUCUGACUAUCUGGUGGUGUACCUGAGACUGCUGACCUCCGGCUACCUACAGCGCGAGAGCAAGUUCUUCGAGCACUUCAUCGAGGGAGGCCGCAGCAUCAAGGAAUUCUGCCAGCAGGAGGUGGAACCCAUGUGCAAAGAGAGCGACCACAUCCACAUCAUCGCCCUGGCUCAGGCCCUGAAUGUGUCUAUCCUGGUGGAGUACAUGGACCGGGGCGAGGGUGGAGGCACUAACCCCCACGUCUUUCCAGAGGGCUCGGAGCCCAAGGUGUAUCUACUGUACAGACCGGGACACUACGACAUCCUGUAUAAAUAGGUGCCGGCCAGCUGCCUCUGCUCCCUCCCCACAGGUGUCCCGUGGCUCCCCCGUCUCCCUACCGGCAGUCUCUGUGGUUGUAAAUGGUAAUCUCGCGCGCUGCUCUCUCUCUUUGUUUUCCGUUGUUACACUUGCCCGUCUGUGUUUUAUUAAAGGGGAUGCUGGUGAAUGGA